AUGGAAAAAGAGGAGAAGGCUACCUCAACACCUUAUGGAAGAAAAAGGGGAAAGCCCUUUAACUACCUUCACAAGUUAAUCAAAUUGUGAGCUUUCCUGAUAAUGGCAAUAUGCUAUUACCAUCAUACAUUCUGGAUGCUUCCGAUGUAUUAUGAGGGAGACCCUCAUAAGGAAUGGAAGAUGAAGAUAGAGAUGGCUCUAGUCUACCUCUCUCUAACAAUCUUGAUAUCAACAUUCAUCAUUGUUGGAAUUGUAGAGCCAGGGUACACAUUCAAGCAGGAGGAAAAGAUCAUCACUGAUAAAGCCUUUGAGCGACUCAAAAUGCUAUCUAAAGAAGCCAACAGGAUUAAAGGUGAGAAAGAACUUGAUACCUACGUGAAAGACCAUAAUAAAAGAAUAGAUGUGCCAAUGGCUGAGUUUAAAGAUAACUACAACUACUCUUUGUUCUGUAAAAAGUGAAAUAUUUAUAGGUAUCCUAGAACCCAUCACUGAAGUGUCUGCAACACUUGUGUCUUCUUGAUGGACCACCACUGAGUCUGGCUUGAUAAUUGUGUUGGAGUUAAUAAUAUGAGAUAUUUCUUAGCCUUCCUCUGAGUCGCUCCUUUAUCAACUUUGUACUAUAAUAUCUACGCAUUUCCUCAUUAUUUUGAGAUUAUGUGGGAAAAUGGCUCUGUUAUGAGUAUUGAGGCCCUCUUCACAACCACUGGGUCUGAUCUAUUUGAGAUGACAGCAUAUCAUUUAGGGCUAGCUGUAACUAUUGUCCUCGGGUUCUACUUUGUCAAGAUCAUUCAUGGCAUGUCGAAAGGCACUUCCUCGUUAGAAAGACUGAGAGAUGAGACAGAUAAUACAUAUCAUAUUGAAUUCAAUAAAGCUUGGGAUAGUGUCUUUGGAAGAACAUUAUUCCCGAUGUCAUUUGUACUUGCUCCAUGGAUGACAUCGCAGAAGCAUAUUGACAUAAUUAUGAAAGAUUAUUAUAGGUUCGAUAAAGUAGAAGUGACAUCUUAAAAUGAGAGGUUCAAUA